AUGCAAUCCCUCAAGAAACUUAUGACCAACCGCAAUUACGUUCUGCUCCUUAUCUCCUACGGUAUCAAUGUCGGAGUUUUCUAUGCUAUAUCUACACUGCUCAAUCAAUUAGUCCUCAAUUAUUACCCAGGAGCCAACGAAGACGCCGGUCGUAUCGGACUAGUGAUUGUAGUCGCUGGGAUGGUUGGAUCAGUGAUAUGCGGCAUGGUUCUCGAUAAGACUCAUCGUUUCAAAGAGACAACACUAGCAGUGUACGCCGCCUCUGUGGUGGGCAUGGUCAUAUUUACAUUCACACUUGAUUGUGGCAUCAUCGGAGUGGUGUAUCUAAGUAGCAUACUGCUUGGUUUCUUCAUGACCGGUUAUCUGCCAGUUGGCUUCGAGUUUGCAUCCGAAGUAACGUACCCUGAACCCGAGGGAACAACAUCAGGAAUCCUCAAUGCUGGCGUUCAGAUUUUCGGCAUCGUGCUGACGCUCCUGUUCGAGUGGAUGUUGGGUGAGGUGGGAGACAGAUGGUCCAAUCUGACUCUGUGCGCGCUGCUGGCGCUGGGCACAGCCAUCACGGCGGCCAUACGGUCCGACCUGCGCCGCCAGGCCGCACAGAAUAAGGCUUAG